UGAAAUAAUACUCGUAGCCUUUGCAUUCCCUGCACGGUUGAGCUUCCGCGAUAUAAACGAAGUGCGGUAAAACACGACACGACGUUAGCACGUCGCGAAAAUACUCGAGCAGCCCGGGAGCAAAACAUACGCAAAUAUAUCUAGAGAUUCUGCAGUUGAUUCUGAGUUCGACCUUGUGAUCCGAGUUUCAGUCGUCGCGAGUGAUGCGGGUAAAAGCCAAGUACGUAUGUCAACGUAAAAUUGAUCUCACGGAACCGUUCGUUCUUCGUUCGACAACGAGAGAGGAUUGUACUUCUUCCCGAAUCACCUUGUACAGAUACUCAGCACGAGCAUCCUUUCUCGGAUCUGCCAAGCCAAUGGCACAUAACACAACCGAAUGUCAACCGGAAGAUGGCGUAUGGAAGGUGAUUUUGAGCUUCAAACAGUCGCUCGCUCUAAACAAGUUAAUCGAAGAAGUUCCAAUAGAUUACACAGCGAUAUACGUGGAGUGAAUUUUUCAGUUCGUUCAUCAUCAUCACGAUACACGUGCUUGUAAAUUAGGUUAGAAAAGCCAAAAGACAAGAAACA